AUGGCUGAGUCGAGCGUCAACGUGAAUCAGAUUGGGGACUCCACUUCAUCCAAUAAUUUACACGGGGGAACACAAAUUAUCGUCGGGAACCCACGUUUUGGAGGAAGACUCUCGUCAGAGAGUAACUGGAAAAGUCAAUUCGAUACGACGGACUAUUGUGCCUACCAAGUUAAAGUGGAGGUCCCCUUCGAUGGUACCUGCCAUUGGAUCGAUGGAGUUGGAGAGUACCAGGAAUGGCUGCGUGGCACAAAGUCAUUCCUAUGUGUGGUCGGAAACCCCGGGACGGGGAAGACAGUCCUUGCUAGGCACAUAAGAGACACCAUUGAAAGGCAUAUCCAGUCCGAAGAACCUGAGGAGUCAACCAAACUUAUCUGGUAUUUUUGCAGUUCUACGUUGGUUGACACCAGAGACCAGGCAGCACAGCAGCCAGCUGCUAUCUCCAUUCUUCGAAGUCUUAUUCAUCAAUACUUGAUCCACGCAUCGGACUCAGCAUCAGCAGCACAGUGUAUCAGGAAAAAAUAUGACCAGUCUUCUAACGGUCUGUUGGAUUCCUACGCGCAGCUCGCGGAACUUUUUGGGAAAGUGAUAGAGAAUCCCGGGGGCGAAAAUUGGUACUGCAUUAUUGAUGGCUUCGACAGCAUAAGGGAUGUCAGUGAUAGAGGCGUCCUUCUAAAUACCAUCGCACCAAAUUCAAGCAUAUAUGGCGAUAGAGAUUGCCGAAAACGCGUCAAACUCCUGCUUACCACCCAGCCGUGUCAAGAUAUUGCAUCAAUGGUAAGGACAGUCGGAUACGACAACAUUGUCUGCUUUUCUGAUGCCGAAGGCAACGCCGCGAAUAGUCUAGACAUUGAACGAUUCGUUAAGGCUCAGUCUUCAGGCUUCGGUGGAUAUUCUCUGGAAGACAGUGAAAAAUGGCAGGCGAAUUUGAUUCGCGAAGCCGCAGGAAACUUCAGAUGGAUCGCCGCCGUCCUGCCCGUGCUUGCCGUGACGCCGUUACAGCGGAGGCAAAAGAAGAUGGAAACCGUCUCUUCGGAUAGUAUGAGAGCUAUGAUUGAGACGAUUUUCGAAAGACUGAACGCGAGUGACGAGCGCAAACGCGGUGAGCGCGAAUGUCUGCUUGAGCUCAUUGUCACGGCAAGGCGUCCUCUGAAACUGUCUGAGCUCGUCGCAGCAACCAAGCUAGCGGGGAGGCCGUUCUCUAAGUUGGGCUUUGCAUUUUUCACCAAGACAGUGUUAUGCGACCACAUCCAAUUGUGUGAGCCGGCCGUCCGGCUUCAAGGUACAGAAAUCCACCUAUUUCAUUUUUCGUUGGAAUCUGCUGUCAAGUCCAGGCCCCACUGGAAUCACGCGUACACACGCGAUUUGCACCACCGCAUGGCCAGUUGCUGUUUGGCCUACCUUGUGUUCUCUACUUACGAUCAAAAUCCCCUGCAAGGCUCAUUCAGGCAGGAUUGUGCUCAGGAACAAGGCAGGCUCAUGGAAAAAUUCCCAUUCUUGGAUUAUGCAUGCUUUGCAUGGCCCUAUCAUCUCCAGAACGCCCAUGAUUCAGGCUCUAGGGAGCUUUGGAAAUUCGUUCAAUCAAAUUCUUCUGAAAAUACUAGAGAAUUGAUGGUUCAGUUGGAUCAAUUCCGCUUUGGGGAGGAAUAUGUUCGAGGCCAGUCAUGGCUGCACAUGUUGAUCCGCCAUAAUCUAACAGCAUUAGUGGAUUAUCUUUUGCGUGCGCCACAACGCGCAUCUACUCCGCUUAACAUCAACGCUCGUGAUGAGAAGGGAAGAACACCAAUCUGGCUGGCCGUGGCCUAUGGGCGAGAGGACAUGGUGAGAUUCCUGCUUGCCACCAAGUCGGUGGAUUGCAACACGUCAGAUAAUGAAAAAGGCUUGAGCCCGGUGAUGCUCGCGGCAGCGCGGAACCUUGACGAGAUCGUCAGGCAGUUUGUCAACGUCAACUUCACGUAUAUCGAUUGGGACCAAGGUGAUAGCCAAGGUCGUACAGCUCUCUGGUUGGCAGCCUCGCAUGGCCACGGCGAAGUAGUAAGAUCAAUUCUCGAAAAAGUAACAGAUCAGGUUAAGCUAGAAGUCAAGUGCUUGGAGCAAACUGCACUUGUAAUCGCUGCACGGAAGGGCCACGAUUCGGUGGUCGCUACCCUUUUGGCCUGUGGUGCAGACGUUGAAUCAGAAGACGACAUGGAAAAACGAACUGCACUAUCCUGGGCAGCGGGCAACGGGCACAGCAAAGCUGUGACUUACCUUAUCGAACGGGGAAGCGCCAACAUCGAUCACAAGGAUGCCAAAGCAGGGCACACACCCUUGGAAUGGGCGGCUGCUGGCGGAUUUGAUGAGAUCGGCAAAUUGAUCAUCAAAACGCAUUGCGAAAGGCACGCUGAUAGGUGGACAUGCGAAUUGACCGAAAUGCUGCUCCAUGCUACCAAGACAGGCCAGAUCCAUCUUUUCCGCAUCCUGUUUAACUAUCCAGAUGUAAGUCCUGAGAUGCGGCGCAAGUCUCUGUUUUCAGCCGCAGAGGAAGGCUAUCUCGAAAUCGUUGAGCAAAUUCUGGGACAUCAGUCCCUGUCCGUAAGUGUGAACUCAAGGGACGAAGAGGAUGACCGUAAGACACUACUCAUGCGUGUCGCGGAAAAAGGCCGCUCUCAAAUACUGUCUCUUUUGUUGAAGCAGGAAGGGAUAGAUCUUGAUGCCACUGACUCACAGAACAGGAAGGUGGACGACUGGGCCGUGGGUCGUCCAGAGAUCGUCGCACUUUUGAGAGACAAGCGGAAGAAAGUGGCGAGUCGCACAAGUAUGAGAAUCCCCUUAUCGUGUCUGGCCCACUGA